AUGGGAUCCAACGUGGAGCUGGUAUGGCCAGAGUCAGAGGCAUAUUCCUCACGGGUGAACAACUGCUCACAUACAAAUUCAUCCCUAGCUGCAAUUCGAGCGAAGUUGAGUGCCGAACAAUUCAAGACAUCAUGCUUUGGCCAUCUUCUGAAUGUAGAUAAGAUUCAGUUUAGCAGGCAGAUUGUGCAUGGGGUUGUGUUGCGUAGAGUAGCGGGGCAGGGGCUUCGUUUUGGGGAAGUGCCUGAAGUUUCCAGUGGAGAAAAGGAAGAUGACAUCUACAAGCUAGCUCUUGUUUACCUUGCUGAGUUAGUGGUUUUGGGAAGGGACAAGCAUUUGAACAUCAAUCUAAAUUACCUGACCCUUGUAGAGGACUUGGAUGCGUUCAACAGGUAUCCGUGGGGUUCGAUGUCCUUUGAAAAAACCCAAGACAGUCUGUUUUCUGCACCAACAAAGUAUGUGAAAAGCUUUGAAAAUGAAGAGGGAAAAGGGAAGGGGAAAAGUAAGGUAACGGGAACAAGCCGGAGAAAUGAGAAGGGCAAGAAGGAUAACCAUGGUGAAGUGAUCGCCCUGCUUGUCUCGGCAGAGUCAAUUCCUUCUUCAUGUGCUGACCUUGAUGAGUUGAACAAGGCGGUAAGCUUGUUGAGGUCCGAGUUGUUUCAAGUAAAGCAGGAAAAGGACGUCCUUGAGUUAAAGGUCAUACGGAUGGAAAAAAUUUUGGACCACUGUUUAGGUCCUCAUUUUGAGCAGGAAGUAAGAAGGGACAUAGCUUUACUGAAAGAAAGGAUAAAUCGUUGUGUCGUGUCACAUCUAUUUAAGGGAUAUGAGGAAGUGGAUGGCAUGCAAUGGGAUGAAAGGCCAAGUAACAGAAAUGAAGGAGAGGAAAAUGAAGAGGAGGACAUUGAAGGGGGUGAAUGGCCAAAUAACAUAAAUGAGGGAGAGGAAAAGGAAGAGGAGGGGAUUGAAAGGGGUGAAGGGCAAUUAAGAGAAAUAAGGGAGAGGAAAAGGAAGGGGAGGGGAUUGAAGGGGGUGAAGUGCCAAGUAAGAGAAAUGAGGGAGAGGAAAAGGAAGAGGAGGGGAUUAAAGGGGGUGAAGUGCAAAGAAAACCAAGUGAGGUAG